AUGUCUCCCAAUACCGCCAUCCGCGAUGAGCCGGAGCACAUCCGCACGCUCUUGACGCGCCUCCACGGUGAGUCCAAGGCCCAAGAAGCGUCGCUGUCGCGGGCGCACUACGACAAGGCGUUGAUCCACGAUGUGAUGCGCGACAAGUUCAUCGCGCUCGACGAGGACAAGGCGCACUACAUCUACCUGCUGUUGCGGGCGACAGGGGCGACCACGAUCGUGGAGGCAGGCACGUCGUUUGGUGUGAGCACCAUCUACUUGGCACUGGCCGCUCUGGCGAAUGCCAAGGCCGCGGGCGGGGGCAAGACAGCGCGUGUCGUGGCGACGGAGCACGAGCCGACCAAGGCGGCACGGGCACGCGAGCACUGGCAGCUGUGCGGCGACGACGUGGUCAAGGCGAUUGACCUGCGCGAGGGCGAUCUGCGCGAGACGCUCAAGACGGAUUUGGAAGCGGUCGACUUUCUCCUUCUGGACAUCUGGACACCCAUGGCGCUGCCGACGCUCAAGAUUGUGCAGCCCAAGCUGCGACACGGCGCGCUGAUUAUUGCCGACAACACGGUCACGGCCAAAGACAGCUACAAGGAGUUUUUGGACUACGUGCGUGCGCCGGGCAGUGGUUUCAUUGACACGACGGUGCCGUUUGAAGGUGGCCUCGAGGUGCUUGUCUAUGCUCCAAGCCAGUAG